CAGCCAACAAUAAGACGCGCCCUCUACAAACAUGGCGCCCGCGGCUUAAUCAACGCGCCCUGCACAAAGAUGGCUGCACAGCCCGAGCACGCCACCAAGGGCCCUGCAUAAAGAUGGCGCCGCCCCAUCCCUCCUUCCUCCCCCGCCCAGACCUGGUUCAGGGCGCGCGGGAGGCGCCUUUGCCGGCCGGCCGGGUGAGGUCAGUUCCGGGGCGGAGCAGCUCGAGUGGUGCAGUCAGGGACAAACAAAAGGAGCUGGAGCGAAGAGGCCGAAGCCGGUCUGGCGCUGCCAGGGAAGCUGCUCCCAUGGCGCUUGGGGAAUGCAGUGUUUCUGUGCUCUGUCAGGAUCCAGCACAUAUGGACAUCAUCUUCUUCCAGCACAGAGAACUGAAGUGCAGAUAGCAGAACCCAGCCACAGGGUGAACCAUGAUUCCUGUCACUGAACUGCGCUAUUUUGCCGAUACCCAGCCAGCAUACCGCAUCCUGAAACCAUGGUGGGAUGUCUUCACAGACUACAUUUCCAUAGUCAUGCUGAUGAUUGCAGUGUUUGGAGGGACGCUUCAGGUCACCCAGGACAAAAUGAUCUGCUUGCCCUGCAAAUGGGUUACCAAAGACUCCUGCAAUGACUCUUUCAGAGGUUGGACAGCUGCAACUCCAGACCCCACUUACUAUAACUCUAGUUUUGUCCCAUCUCAGGACACUGGGCCUACAGGGAUCCGAUAUGACCUAGACCGGCACCAGUAUAACUAUGUGGAUGCAGUGUGCUAUGAGAAUCGCCUUCACUGGUUUGCCAAGUAUUUCCCUUACCUGGUGCUGCUACACACUCUGAUCUUCUUGGCUUGCAGCAAUUUCUGGUUCAAAUUCCCACGGACCAGCUCAAAGCUGGAGCAUUUUGUGUCUAUUCUGCUGAAGUGUUUUGACUCUCCCUGGACAACAAGAGCACUCUCUGAGACAGUGGUGGAGGAGAGUGAUCCCAAGCCUGCCUUUGGGAAGAUGAAUGGCUCCAUGGACAAGAAAUCUUCCACAGUCAGUGAGGAUGUUGAAGCCACUGUCCCCAUGCUACAGAGAACAAAGUCGCGGAUUGAGCAAGGGAUCGUUGAUCGCUCUGAGACGGGCGUCUUGGACAAGAAAGAAGGGGAACAGGCCAAAGCGCUUUUUGAGAAAGUUAAAAAGUUCCGCACACAUGUGGAGGAGGGAGACAUAGUCUAUCGCCUCUACAUGAGACAAACCAUCAUCAAGGUGAUCAAGUUCAUCCUGAUCAUCUGCUACACUGUCUACUAUGUCAACAACAUCACGUUUGACAUUGACUGCAAGGUGGACAUCGAGAGCCUGACAGGUUACCGCAUGUACCGCUGUGCUCACCCUCUUGCCACUCUCUUCAAAAUCCUGGCCUCUUUCUACAUUAGCCUGGUGAUCUUCUAUGGACUGAUCUGCAUGUACACACUUUGGUGGAUGCUGAGGCGAUCCCUCAAGAAAUACUCCUUUGAGUCCAUCCGGGAGGAGAGCAGCUACAGUGACAUCCCUGAUGUCAAGAAUGACUUUGCUUUCAUGCUGCACCUGAUCGACCAGUACGACCCCCUCUACUCCAAGCGAUUCGCUGUCUUUCUGUCUGAGGUGAGUGAGAACAAGCUGCGGCAGCUGAACCUUAACAAUGAGUGGACCUUGGAGAAGCUGCGCCAGAGGAUCACAAAGAACUCUCAGGACAAGCUGGAGCUGCACCUCUUCAUGCUGAGUGGCAUCCCUGACACAGUCUUUGACCUUAUCGAGUUGGAGGUGUUGAAGUUGGAGCUCAUCCCUGACGUUACUAUCCCACCAAGCAUUGCUCAGCUCACCAGCCUUAAGGAGCUAUGGCUCUACCACACGGCUGCCAAAAUUGAGGCCCCAGCCCUUGCCUUCUUGAGGGAGAACCUGAAAUCUUUGCACAUUAAGUUCACAGACAUCAAGGAAAUCCCUCUGUGGAUUUAUAGCCUAAAGACCUUGGAGGAGCUCCACCUGACAGGGAACCUGAGUGCAGAGAACAACCGUUACAUUGUGAUUGACGGACUAAGGGAACUGAAGCGGCUCAAGGUGCUUCGGCUAAAGAGCAACCUCACCAAGCUGCCGCAAGUGGUGACGGACGUUGGUGUGCACCUCCAGAAGCUCUCUAUCAACAAUGAGGGAACCAAGCUCAUCGUCCUCAACAGCCUUAAGAAGAUGGUCAACCUGACAGAGCUGGAGCUGAUCCGCUGCGACCUGGAACGCAUCCCACACUCUAUCUUUAGUCUCCACAACCUCCAAGAGAUCGACCUGAAGGACAAUAACCUCAAGACCAUUGAGGAGAUCAUCAGCUUCCAGCACCUACACCGUCUCACUUGCCUUAAGCUGUGGUACAACCAUAUCGCCUACAUCCCCAUGCAAAUCGGCAACCUCACAAACUUGGAGCGCCUUUACCUUAACCGUAACAAGAUAGAAAAGAUACCCACCCAGCUUUUCUAUUGCCGGAAGCUGCGGUACUUGGAUCUCAGCCACAAUAACUUGACUUCCAUACCAGCAGACAUUGGGCUACUGCAGAACCUGCAGAACCUAGCUGUGACAGCUAACAGGAUUGAGAGUCUCCCACCUGAGCUCUUCCAGUGCAGGAAGCUGCGGACCUUGAAUCUGGGAAACAAUGUGCUGCAAUCACUGCCAUCUCGGGUGGGCGAGCUGACCAACCUGUCCCAGAUAGAGCUGCGAGGGAACCGCCUGGAGUGCCUGCCAGUGGAGCUGGGGGAGUGUCCUCUGCUGAAACGCAGUGGGCUGGUGGUGGAGGAGGACCUGUUCAACACCCUGCCUCUGGAGGUCAAGGAGCGGCUGUGGAGGGCAGACAAAGAGCAAGCCUGAGCUGCUGACAGGAAGGCAGGGAAACCUCUGAUCAACUAGACAGGAAACAAAAGGCCAUUCCAUUCCAAUUCCAUCUCCCAACCGCCCCAGUCAACACCAGACUAGCUAAGGAGAUCCUUGAAUAACCAAUGUGACUGGGAACAAGGCUGCUUGCUCCCUUGGAUGCAGGAUGGGGGAGGUUUGGAGGUAGGGGGUGACCAAGGCAGAGUGGGUGGCUCCUCUACAACAGCAGGAACAGAAGAGGUGCUGCUGUUCUGCAAGACGAGAAGUGGGAUAAUGCCAAAGCUGCCAUGGAGUUAACCAGAACUGCUGGUGGAGCCAACUUAGUUCAGAGUAACUGCCUCUGACUAUCGGGGAGAAAAAUGUGCUGAUCCAGUUACACUGCUGCAUCGCCCUAGAUAGGGCUCUUACAUGCAUCAGGGCCUGAGGAUGUCUUAGAGUCAAAGGACAAAAGUCCAGGGAGCCUCUUUAAACUCCAACUCUACUUUACUUUGCUGUGACACUUUGUAUAGUUCCACACUACUUGCUGAUUUGAUCAGUUGGGGCUUCUCUUUGAGGGCAGUGGGGAUGGCACAGCUUUUUUAUUUAUUUAUUUUAUUUAUUUUGAAAGAUGCUGGUAUUUUUUUUUGGUAAUUUUACCUCAAAUAUCAACUUGGAUUCAGGACUAAAGUUUUUUUUUUAACCCAGUUUCCAUCUGCUGGCUUGAGGUUGCACAGUCUUUUCAGAUUCCAAUCCUUUUUGCUGACCAGUAGAUCACAUAGCCUGCUUCCCUAGCUGGUAUUACUGGAGGUAUUGCCUAAAUGAGCAGUUCCAGAGUGUUACCUAGAUUGGGCUAUCUGUAGGCUGAAUUCCAGUUCUGUUUAGUAAAUGGGACAGGAAGGAUGCAGCUCAAUGCAUCAGAUAAGACGUGGGUGGAAAGCAGUAAGACUGUUUUCUGCAAGAAGCACUGAGGUACUUAAAACACUUCUUAAAAUCUAAAGUCUUUGAACUACUUUUUUUGUUCCCCACCCCCACCACCCCUCAGCAUUUUGUCUGGGGUGUUUAAAAAUACAAACACACUGUUAGCCAGUGUUAAGUACAACUCAAAAUAGAGGAGAUGGUGCCUGUAGCAGAGAGAAAUAUUCAACAUGCUUCUUCCCUACCCUUGCUGUGGAUUUUUUUUUGAGGUUUUUGCCAGCAUCUUUUUAUAAAUAAAAUCUACAACGCUGCUUGUUUUUGUUCCGGUCUGUUCAGCUCUUGAUUUUCAGCAGCUGUCAUUCUUGCUGCUCCUCUUGGCCUAUGUGAUCACAAGAGGCUAAUGCUGAUUGAACUUGGUGCUUGGGAUGGUAACCCUGUUCUUCUCUCUGCCCCCCGUUAAGAAAGAGCAUAAGAAUCCUCCCUGGACUGGGUUCCUCCAGCCCCCUGGGAGGGGAGGCCCCACAGUGAGGGGAGAGGAAUCUGUGUUGAAACAAGGCUAAUUUAUGACUUCAACAAAUCCCCUUCUGCAUUUGCAGAGGCAGCCUUAGCUUAGCGAUAGCUACUCAUAAUCAUGUCCUCAAACCAGGGUGGUUAAAGUGUGGCUUACAUUUCUACCAGUCACCCCAAAGCCACCUUGUGUUCAUUAGAAGGGGAAGCCUAUAGACCCUACACCUCCUGUAAUGCAGUGCUCCACCUUGCCCAGCUGCUUGGAUCCUCCAAGACUGGAACCCUGCCUGUUGAGAUAUGUAGUAUUUGCAGGCCCUGCCUGCUGAGAUGUGUAGUAUUUGAAGGCAUUACCUACAUAUUAAAAAGGGGGGUGGGGGGGGGACACUGUGUUCAUCUGGGUCCUGGCAAGCUGCUACUGAAGCCCUGCGUUGGGCAAAGCAUAGACACACUCUCUCUCUUUCUCUCUCUCUCAGAUAUUCCGGGCAAUAACAAACACUACAGCUUCCCUUUCUGCAUUAGAUGUAAUAUACAAGAUACGCACACUAGAAAUGCUGAAACAAUAUGUUAACUAGGCUCUGGAUUUGUUGAUGCUCAGAUGUUUAAAUAAAGCUACAUUGAAAGCUAGGAAAAUUUUAGCUUGUUUAUAGAAAUGCUUCUAAGAAGGGUAUAAAAUCUGCCUCCCUUAGUCCAUUCAUCAUGAAAACUCAAACAAUCCAAAGGGAUAACACAAUCAACUCUUGUUUGCAUGUUUUCCCAGCUCUGACUCUUUCCAGAGGAAAAGGUGCUGUAAAAGUUCUUCUGGAUGACAGGUUCACAUUUCUAACCAUAUUAGUGUGUGUUGAAAUUACAACAGAGAUGGGGCUAUUGGUGAAAGGAAGAGAUCUGGGUAUUUCAAAAUGUACCGUAUCAGAGAUCAAACUGGGAUUUAGAAGUGUGAUACUGAUAAUUUGCAGUGUGGGAUUUACCAGUCAUGCUAGGGUUUUGUAUUAACAAGGAGGGCAGCGAACCUGCUGGGGGGACUUGAGACUUACUCAGAAAAAAUGAGCUGUUUCAAGAUGCAGUACAAAGGCUGCUUUGAACUAACACUCCAUGGUCAGAGUAAAGACCUUUCAGAUUGGGGAGGAAGUCUGUCUUUCCUACUCUGCCAGAUGAAAUCUGGUGUCUGCAAUUCUUUACUGAGCCCUGAACCAGUUCUGGGACUGUAUGAUUAGGACCCAUCUACCCUACAGCAGUCAUGGUACCUAGCUAGUUGUAGCUUACACAGACCUAACUGGUCCUUGGACUGUGCAGAGAUAUAACAUUGCUUAUGGAAAGUGGGCUAAGGGUCCACACCUGGCUUACCUGGCUCUUCUGGCUGUAGUGAAGGUGGGCUCUUAGUUAUAUUUAGGUCCUGAAGUGUUUGUAUAAAUAGUCAUACUGAACUCUGGAAAGUAUGCUAUAAAGUGUCUAGAAAUCUGCAUGGUAAUAUGCAGGCCUCCUGAACUGCUAUAUAGCUCAUCCUUAGGACAAACCACCAUCCUGCUAGAGGGAGGAGACUUCCUCUUUUUAGAGUUUUAUUUCCUACUGUUUUUGAAAAAUAAGUAUCUGCCUAUGUUUGAUCCAGCUCCACAAAGCAAAUGUAAGACCAGUAUUGAUCAUGCAUGGAAACAUGAGCUGCUUGCUGCACUUUAAAUAUUUCAACCAGGACUGUUACAAGAGGUCUAGAUAGCUUCCCCCAUCGGGAAAAAUCAAAAUGAAUAAAGAGUUUUUGAAAACUUGUCAUAAUAGAAACCAAGGUUAUAUUGAAAUGCCUCAUCAUGAAUUGGUGAACUGGCUGAGAUGCACUUUUCCUCUUCCUUCAAGCAGAUGUUGGACCUACACUAGCAGAUCUCGGAGGCAUGAGGUGGAGAAAGCUUGAGAAUUUUAAGUAUAGGGUCAAAACCUGAGCUGCUGUGCACCUACUACAGUUGCUCAAUACUUCUCCAGAACUUGGCCCAUAACAGGACAAGUUCUCAUUUCCAGUAUACUUCCCUUCCUCUUCCUGAUCACUCAACCCUUGAGUGACAUAGCAAACAUUCUUUCCCAGUUAUAGGCACAUCAAUCAAUGCUCCAUUUUUUUUUUUUUAAAGUGGGCGGUCGUGUAGAAGCUGAGUUGGGCUGAGACUGACCUGUGUACUAUCCUAGGAAUCCUGUUCAGGUUACAUAGACCAGUGAGGAGCUGGUUAGUGGCAGUCUUCUCAAAGGAUUCUAAUAGUAAUAACCAAGAUCAUCUGUGUUAGCUGCUAAACUAAAAACAGAACUUGAAUUAAAGCCAAAUGUCUCCUAACAGCACUACUGAGUUGAACUAGUUCUUGGGGGCCUCUAUUUAUCCCAGGUACACUUGUGCCACAAUAGGAACCACAGUUCUAAGCUUUUUGGUAAACUGAAUUCUAGCAGUUAUGGUAAGUGGCCUGAUGUUUAAGUUGCAACUAAUAAAUUUGAACCAACCAAGGUAGCAGAAGCUGAAUGUGUUAAAUCUUGCUGUGCUUUGAAACAAUGCACUGGAAUGUCAGUUGUGGUUUUGGGUUUUGUUUUUUUUCUUCUGUUGAACUUACCAGUUGGUCCACUGUUAACCCACAGGUGGAACUAAUUUACUGUGCCACUCUAAACUGUUUCAUCGGUGUUGUAGGUAUUCUUCAUUAUUUUUAUUUCUACAUUGUAUUAACUACUUUGUCGCUCCCCUGUAGCAUCCUACCUCAGAACCUUUUUCUCCACCACUUGUUCUGUGCUCACUUUCAUGUCUUAAUUUUAACAAAACCAAACUCUUGAUGUUUAUCAGCAUGGACAACCUUUUAAGAUCACUUUCAGUCUCUGAACCACGUUUAGGUCCUCAGGUUUUGUUCUAACAGAUGAGAGUAGGAAACUGGAAGAUAUAUUCAUGUUUUGCAGCAGAUGAGGUAUGGGGAAAAUGGGCUCCAAAAUCUUAUUGGAUUGAACAGUGGUGAGGGGGUUAAGCCUUUUCCAUUUCAGCCACUUCCUUUUGUGAAAGGGACUUGAGUGAAUAAAUAUUUUGAAAGCUCAUUUAGUCUCUGAUUUCCAUUCUCUUCCAGCUCUUCUGAGGUAGGAUGAAUCUUUUGAAUAUGUGGGGUGCCUGCUUUAGAGAUGCAAUAGGAUGAUUACUCUAGUGAUGAGUUUACUCAUACUAGAGUUAUUCAUGUGGCCAGCUGUUCUUAUUGGCUCUGUUCUUUUCCAACAACAAUCUUUAAAAUGUUAGUAUGAUUUCUAUUCUCUUCACCGGAGAACAAAAUGGUCAUAUGCCUUAAAUUGUAACAUCCCCUGUGCUGAGAUGUUACUCAGCAUUUGCAAGAGAUUGAAAACUUCAAGUACUAACAUAGGCUUUAAUCUCAUUUAGUACUGUUCAGAAACCUUUGGCUACACCCUGGAUGCUGCAAUCUUGCUGGCAACCAUCCAGUUUAAAAAAUGCUAGAUCUGACAAAAGAAAAUGGGUUCUGUCUAUCCUAUCUGCAUGGAGUUGAGCACCAAUUUGGCAAGUAAUAUCAGGGGGAAGUGCACAUUCCCUCCCCACUUUCUCCAGCUGGAGACUAAUAUAUAUUGCUUUGAAACACUUCUGAAAUUUGACUCAUUAACUUGCUGUUUAAAAAUAGCAGGUAGCUAUAUAUAGCCCUAGCUGAAAGUGGGGUCUAGCAUGUCAAGAUGGAGUAAAGCUGACUGGCAAGAAAAGUUGAAUGUGGGAUUUCUAGAAAUCCCACAUUCUCCCCUGUUCUGCUCUUUCAGGAAGUCCUAUGAACAAAUGGUGAGCUGUGCUAAUUGCUCUUGUCUAGAGCAAACUAGUGUGGGCUGUGUGGAAAAAAAACAAAACAUGACAGGACCUCACAUUAAGAGUGUCUGUACAGCUGAUAUGUCCCCUGUGUGAUAUGUCACACAGGGGACAUAUCACACUAUGGGCUGUGUGAAAAAAACAAAACAUGACAGGACCUCACAUUAAGAGUGUCUGUACAGCUGAUAUGUCCCCUUCCUCAGAGCAUAACUCAUGUCUUAAACAUUUCACACAGCUUAUAAAAGUACUCUCACAGUUGUGGUUUGGUGUCCCCCACACCCUGUAUGGCAUUUCAGAAUUGUGAGUUAAGCCUUAAGUAUGUUGGAUUAUGUUUAGGCAGGUAACAGCACCUCAAGUACUGAAGGCUGCUAUGCUUUCACUGAAAGACUUGUAAGAUUGGACACUUUAACAAAAUAAAAAUUUUAACUUUUUAUUUCCAUUUUCCCUUUAUUUUUGUUCCUCUAAAGUACUUUGGCAAAUACAGCAUUUAAUGUUCCAA